GUUCACCACUCACCCUACUGUGUAUAAAUAAUACCAUAACUCCUCAGCUCCGUCGGCCCCUCAGCAGAGCAAAUCAAGCCUCGGACAUAUCAACAAGUCCACAAUGUCCACUCCGCCCGAAUCUCUCUCUCUGCAGGUGACUAUUCACCUGAACCCUGAGGACCUGCCUACCUUCUGGACCGCCUUUCAGCCUGCCUACGAGGCCGUCAUUGCCGAGCCCGAAUGUACCUUCUUCGAGCUGUACCAGGCGCCCGACAGCCCUGGGACCGUUUCCUGGGUGGAAAAUUGGUCUGCGUCUAAAGAAUGGCUGAUUGGGGUUCAAAUGGCGAAGCCCUAUUAUCGGGACUACCUGGCGGUGACGGAGCCGUUGUUUGUGAAGCCUCGAGAGGUCAAGUUGUUGACAAGGGUCGGGGCCCCGUUUACGAUGGUGAAGAAGGCGAAUGGGGGAUUGUUGGAUUAGGUCAUUCAGAUGCGUUUGCUCAAGCAGGAUGUGCCUUUUGAUGGAUAGCUGAUUUAACCAGUUCUCCACUUGUAUGCAUCGAUAUUAAUCCGUAGUAGAGUUGCUUGGAGAGUGAGAUAUUUCCAGAGCCCCUUCUGUCAAGAGUAAUGUGCUUUUUGAUGAUCCCUUACCCAUAACCGA